ACUUUUUAUUUAUUUUUCAAUUCUCGAAAUGAAACUAGAUUUAUUUAUUUUUCUUCUAAAACUUAUUAAAAUAUAACAAAAAUUGUUAAAAAUAUGAUGCAUUUUAAAGUAUUAACAUUCAUCUUUAACAUUCUUUUAUGUUUUUCGAAAAUUAACUGUGAUAUGAUGCCAAUAAUUCGGGUUGAAAUGAACAAUGCCGGUUUCCAUAGAGAUCUACAAUAUACAAUUGAAUUUGAUUAUCCCCUAGCAGGGAAAGAUUGUGAAUUAUAUUUAGAACAAAAACUUCCAGCUGCAGUUUAUGUAAAUGUAGAUCAAUUGGACGAUUUGAAGAGACUCAAAAAGUUGAAUGCUAUUUACCCAAAAUUUGUUGAUGUUGAAAUUCCAACAGAAAAAGCAAAUGAAUUAACUGUUUUACUUCAUGGAGCUCCGAAAAUUACGGAAAAUUUAAAAUUGCCAAUACAUUUUCGAUAUCAUUCACCUGGCGAUACGAGUUUCGUUAAUGUAGAAAUAAGUACCCCAGAAAUGUACAUGCGAUGUCCCGGUGAUGAUCUUUCAAAUUACGAUGAACUACUUGAAGAUCCCAACAAUGAUUACUGUCUUUAUGGCAACAAAUUCAUCCUUCCACAAUACUCCGCCCCAGAUGACUGUGAUUGGAAACUAUUAAAAAAGACAACACGCUUGAAAGCGCCUCUGAUUGCUAAAAUACCCAUUGGAGAUGCAAAAUCCUAUCAAACAAUUCUAUAUGCGACAAUCGUAAUAAGCUGGAUUGCCUCCAUUUGGUUUGUGUAUGAAUCACAAACAAUAUCAAGAAAAAUAAAUUAUAAAUUAGAAAAUCAAAGAAUUCUAGACAAGAAAUACAAUUGAUAUAGUUUUGUUUGUUUUCUUAGUAAAA